UUGUGGCUCUCGUCUUCUUCACCUCUGCCUAACCAUGGGAGGAACCAGUAAAGAGCUUCUAUAGCUGGAGCACAAGAAUUCCUCCACUCCAUCUCUAGUGUGUAAAGUACAAACCUUGGUCCACCUUCCUUCAACCGCAAACAAAACCUCUCGUAGCUUUACGACCCAGAGACUGAAAAUGGUGGAACGAGAAGAACGAAAAGACUCCAAAUUAUGCGAAGAGUGCAAAUUGAAGGAUUCAAAAUACAAAUGCCCAGGUUGCGCUUUUCGCUCUUGUAGCCUUUCCUGCGUCAAAGCUCACAAGCAACGCACUGGUUGUACGGGCAAACGAAGCCGAACUCACUUCGUCCCUCUUUCUCAGUUCGACGAUAAUCAGCUUAUCUCCGAUUAUAAUUUGCUGGAGGAGGUGAAAAGGGUUUCUGAAUCUGCUCAAAGAAUGAGAAAUAAGCUAUGCAGAUAUAAUAAUUUCAGGCUACCGUUCCACCUCAGGAGUGUUAAAAGUGCAGCUGCAAGUAGGGGAACAAAAGUUUUGUUUCUUCCAAGUGGCAUGACAAAAAGAGAGAAGAAUCAAACUCGUUAUGAACAAAGGAAGAAAUGCAUUUACUGGACGAUCGAGUGGCGAUUUCAUUCAACGGAUGUUGUGUUACUUGAUCAUGGAAUUGAUGAAAACCUGAAUAUCUCCUCCAUUAUUGGGAACCAUUUAAAGCCUGGUCCUUGGAAUCAUCAACUGAAGCAAUUUUGUGACGAAGACCUGGAAAAUCUUAGGUUUUUUAUCCGGAAAUAUCAAAAGGGGUCAACUUCACCUUUCUAUGAGUUGGAUGUUCAGGUUCCAUUGAGACAGCAAUUAACAAAUAGGAUGAUUUUGGAGUACCCUGUAAUUCAUGUUUUUUCCCCUUCACACAAUAUUGAUUUUGAAGUCGUUAAAGAUGUUUAUCCCUCUUCCCACAAACCGGACCUUAGAACUUUUGGAAGCAACAAUCAAUUAAAGAUAGGAGGUGUUCCUUUUAAAGAGGAAGAAAUAGUGGAAACUGAGAGCUCGUUGGCUCCUCAAGUCUUUGAUCUUAUGGAAAAUGAGAGCUCAGUGAACUCGGCAUCCCCACAACAGUUCACCAAUCAAAGUAAGUCUGAGAAAGUACCCAAUAACAUAUCAGAGGGAGCUUUGUCCGCAGGUGCUGCAGUAGGAAGUGGCUUCCAAAUACCUAUCUCAAACACCAAUAAAGAAGUGCAAUUCGACGAUUUGGAUUUUGAUUUUGAUCAAGGGCUAAUAGAUGCAUACUCAGAUUUAAUUGCAGAAAUUAAUCCGGAUGAUUUUCUUGAUUUGGAAGGUCUUCUUAACAAGGAAGAAGAAGAGGAGACGGAUGACGUGAAAAACUUAAGUGACGGUUUUUUUGGUUUGGAAGGAAUACUUAACAAGGAAGAGACCGGUCACAGAAAAAACUUCACUGCAGAGGAUGAAUUAGAGGAGGGAGAGAUUGCAGAAUGAUUAGUCCAAUGAGGUACUCAAAACGAUCCUCAAAUGGAAGAAGACAAAAGUUAGAAGUGGAUCAUUGAUCACUGAUCUUGAUCAACACUUUCCCUGUGUUUCGGUUUGGCAAGCGAUA